GACGACCUCGACCUAUUCUUCCACUGCUGGAUCCGUCCGCACUGCCCAGCAUGCCUGUCCCCGUCAAACCCUUAUCCUUGCUCUUGGUGCGCGACGUCUCAGACCUGCGUUCCCAACACUAUCUACCCUUACCCGUUCGGCAUCCUCUCACCUCUCAAGUCCGCCGAAAUAUGCCCCUUGGCAUGGCGGGAGCGGUGGGAAAUGCGCGCCAGGCCGUUUAGUUGUCGGUGCUCGAGCAUGACAUUUGUGAGUGUCGUGGUUGCAGUCCUGACCACGUUGACGAGCCUGUACUUGAUCUGGGCAAGUAUUAGGAUUGCGAGAUGGGCUGGGAGGAAGUGGAGGAAGCGA